AUGUCCUUGAAAAUCAUUCCAGAGAACAGCCAAAAAUCGUCGAUAAGCAGCACCUCCUACGGCGAGGCUGCUGCCCACGCUCCAGGCUUGCAAGACAUAUUAAGAAACCAGGAGGGACCCUUAAACUUGGCCUCCAAGUUGAACAACAGACAUCCAUUGGAGGCCCGUAUUGGCAACUGGGAAGAAACCCAGUACGACACCCGUAUGGAGACCUACAGAAGAGUGUUUGGGGCUGGAGAACCCAUCAGAAGAGCUAUGGAGUUGGAGAUCGUUAGUUCUGACUUCAGGCCAAGCAUAUUGGGAGGCCCUGACUCCAUGCACAGAGACAUCUUGCUCAACAAGGAUGCCUCGGUGGACUGGGAGGAUGUGUACACUGGCGGUUUGGAGAGUGGGGCCAACGUGAAGGACUUCCACACCGAUAUGGAGAAGAGCGUGGGUAUUUAG